CUCAUGCGCGAAACUUAUCUCUUCAACUCGCAAUAUUGCAGCAACUAGGGCUAUUUUCGAACAUAUUCAAUACAUGGCAUGUACGAACCAAUUUCGUUAUCACAAAGAGACUCGAGACUGCGCAUCUUACCGGGAAAAUAAAUGCCGAUAAAAGGGAAUAUUCCAGCCGUACAAAGGCUUCUUAGAAUUGUAAGCAUUUGCCAAUACAUUUGACGAGAAAUUAACGAAAGAAAGAGAUCAGUAACAGAAGUAUUCACAACUCAGCGUCGUGACUAUAAAAGAAAAGAAAAAUGACUGUUAUGGACUUCUUUGGUUGCGCCUUCUUGGCUUUUGGCCCGCCACUAGCAAUGUUUACAUUUACCAUUGCUGCUGAACCCAUCAGGAUAAUUAUUCUGAUCGCCAGCGCCUUUUUCUGGCUUAUUUCCUUGCUCCUGUCAUCUAUACUUUGGUACGCCGUUGUUCCUCUACAGGAGAAUCUAGCAUUUGGACUAGUGUUUUCCGUAUUGUUCCAGGAGAGUUUCAGGUACCUGCUUUACUGGGUACUGCGUAAGGCCGAGAGAGGCUUGGAGAAAGUUACAACAACGCACGUGGCAGAUAGCAGACACAUAUUUGCUUAUGUGUGUGGUUUAGGUUUUGGCUUCAUGAGUGGUGCCUUUGCUUUAGUUAAUGUCCUGGCUGAUGCAGUCGGCCCUGGCACUAUGGGACUCUUGCAAGGCACUGAGUACUUCUUCAUUAUAUCAGCUGCCACCACACUGUGCUUCAUUUUACUACAUACAUUCUGGGGUGUCAUUUUUUUUUCUGCACUGGACAAAAAAAAUUGGGGACACAUUAUCUGGGUAGUUGGAACGCAUCUGUUUGUCUCGUGUAUGACCUUGCUCAAUCGUUAUCAGGCAUAUGCAGCCAGUCUUUUAUCCGCGUACAUAGUAUUAGUGAUAACAACUGUACUCGCGUUCAAAAUUGCAGGUGGGUGGAUACAAACUUCAAUUCUCCAUUUUCAAAGAAACUGAGAGUUUAUAAAAGUUACUUAAUAUAUGAUUGACUAAUAAUUCCAUCUUUGAGCAUUGUAAUAAAAAACAUUUUCUCCAUUUACGUGCUAGUCUUAUAAGAAAAUUGUUCUUUGCUUCAUUAUAUGAUAUACGUAAAAAUGCGUUUAAAAAAUAAGCAUACUUUUUACAAAUUAUUAAGCCUAUACAAAACAUUGUAGAUAUGGAAUAUUGUUGGUAAAUAUUGUAAGUGAAUGAUGAAUUUUGUAGUGGUGCUAACAGUUUGAGGAUAUGUCAAAAAAUGUAUCCGAAAUUUUCGCAAUCGUUUUUUUUCUAAAGAUCUACAUUAUUCGCAUAAUAAUAGUAUUGCUUGCGUUCAUGCAAUUGGCUAUUUGCGAUUAAUGUAGAGUGACCUUUAAAGGUUUCAACAUUAAACAUUUUUGUUAUAUUGGUCCAUUCCUUGAUCUAGCAAAAAAUUUUAGACAGAAACAGCAUUUGUAUCUGAAGCAUGACAUUGAAAUGUACAUUUUUUUCUCGUGUGUCUAAAGAAAAAAAAAAGGAUUAAAAUAUAUGU